AUGUCCACGUCAGCGUCCGCCUUUAAAUCUCGCCGGGAAUUCCGCUUCUGCAUCGAUCGCGGCGGCACAUUCACCGACAUUUACGCCGAGGUUCCCGGCGACCCGCCCUUCCGUGUAGUCAAACUUCUUUCCGAGGACCCUCUUAACUACGAUGACGCGCCUCGGGAAGGUAUUCGCCGGAUCCUCGAAGAGGUAACGGGCGAGAAGAUUCCGCGAAACGCGCCGCUUCCUACGGAGCGAAUCGACUGGAUCCGCAUGGGGACGACCGUCGCGACGAACGCGCUGCUGGAGCGCGCCGGCGAGCGGACGGCUCUCUGCGUGACACGUGGCUUUCCGGAUCUGCUGCGGAUCGGCAACCAGGCGCGGCCGCGCAUCUUCGAUCUGACGGCUCGGCGCGCUUCACUGCUGUACGAAGAGGUGGUGGAGGUGGAGGAGCGCGCGCAGGUGCUGCCGGGGGAAGAGGCGCAGGGGGAGGGCCGGGGGAAGGGGGAUGGUGAGGCGGAAGGCGGGGGCAAGGGGGAGGUGGGUCUGGUGGAUGGUGGGGAUGAAGCGGGGAAGCGCACGGUGCGCGGAGUUUCGGGGGAGCUGGUGCGCGUGCUAGUGCCGCUUAACAUCGAGAAGACUCGAGCCGCGCUGGAGAAGGUGUUGGCACGUGGCAUCAAGUCAUUGGCCAUCGCGUUCCUCCACUCUUACACGUUCCCGGACCACGAACGCGCUGUGGCGGCUUUAGCGCGGGAGAAGGGCUUUAAUCAGGUCUCUGCGUCGAGCGAUCUCGUUCCAAUGGUCAGGAUUGUGCCACGUGGACACACUGCCUGCGUGGACGCCUAUCUGACCCCCGCUAUACGCACCUAUGUGGGGAAGUUUUUAGCGGGGUUUGACUCGGGUCUUGCUGACGUGGCAGUGUCGUUUAUGCGGUCGGACGGAGGGUUGACUCCGGCCCAAGCCUUCACGGGUUACCAAGCCAUCCUGUCAGGUCCAGCAGGAGGUGUGGUUGGAUUCGCCCGAACCACAUUCGAGUUCGAGGUUCGGGAAAUGGAAGGUCUGGAAGGACUUCUGUCAGACGUCAGCAGCAGCAAAGAAAACAACCAAAACGAUAAGGAGAAGACAAAAGACGAUUCUAUUGGUGCUGGUACAGCAGCAGAGGGAGUGCUGAGGUGUCGUCCCGUGAUUGGCUUUGACAUGGGCGGCACAUCCACUGACGUGUCAAGAUACGCAGGGGGCGCAUACGAGCAGGUUUUAGAAACCACCACAGCCGGAAUCACCAUCCAAGCCCCCCAGCUGGACAUAAACACUGUAGCAGCGGGCGGCGGCUCUCGUCUUUUCUUCGAGUCAGGCAUGUUACGUGUGGGGCCCGCAUCAGUAGGGGCCCAUCCCGGCCCGGUCUGCUACAGAAAAGGCGGGCAGCUAGCAGUGACAGAUGCCAACCUGCUAUUGGGCCGCGUGCUGCCCGAAUAUUUUCCCGCCAUUUUCGGGCCGAACGAGGACCUCCCAUUGGACGAGCAGGCGGCGAGGGAGGCAAUGGCUGAGCUGGCAAAAGAAGUGAACCGCGGGAUGGGUGGGGAGGGAGGUGAGGGGGACAAGGAGGGGGAGGGGGGUGAGGAGUCAGGGCAAGACCGAAUGUCAGUAGAAGAGGUGGCGAUGGGGUUCAUCCGCGUGGCAAACGAGGCCAUGUGCCGGCCAAUCAGAGAGCUCACAGAGGCUCGGGGCCACGAGACCAGCUCGCACGUGCUUGCUUGCUUCGGCGGCGCCGGGCCUCAACACGCAUGCGCCAUAGCCCGCUCUCUUGGGAUCUCCACGGUUUUUGUGCAUCGGCUGUGCGGGAUUCUGAGUGCGUACGGCAUGGGGUUGGCGGAUCGGGUGGUUGAGAUGCAGGAGCCUGCUGCUGAGGUGUGCUCCAAUGAGAGCCUGCCACGUGUGCUGGCGCGGGCGGCAAGGAUGGAGGAGGAAGUGAGGGCGGGGUUGUGUGGCCGGGGGAGUGGGGAGGGGGGUGGGAGUGAGGGAGAAGGAGAGGGAGAAAAAGGAAAGGGGGGAGAAGCAGGGGGAGGAAAAGGAGAAGGAAAAGGAGAGAGAGGAGAGGGAGGGGAGGGGAGAAGGGAGGGUGGGGAGGAGGCAGGGGUGUGGACGCAGGUGCUGCUGAACCUUCGUUAUGACGGCACCGACACUGCCCUCAUGGUCGAAGCACCACCCACACACACUCUCUCCGCCACCACUCCCUCAUCCACCUCUUCCCCAUCCACCAACCUCCACACCUCCCACCCAGCAGCGUCGUUUGACUUCCUGGGGGCGUUCAAGCGGCGCUUCGAGCGCGAGUUCGGAUUCGACCUGCAGGGCGAUCGGCGCGUGUUGAUCGAUGACAUCCGAGUCAAGGGCGUGGCUCCUUCAGGCGUGCUGCAGCAGACCGCCAUUCCCAGGGCUGGCGCAAGUGAAGAGGCGGCAGGAGGUUUGGUGGCAGCAGGGACGGCAGAGGCGGAGGCAGUGCAGCAUCGGGUGUACUUUGAAGGCGGGUGGCGGGAUACGGCAGCAUUCCGGCUGGAGAAGCUGCGGUGGGGGCAUGUGGUGGCGGGGCCGGCGGUGAUUCUGAAUGAGACGAGCACUGUGGUGGUUGAGCCGGGAUGCACUGCUGGGAUCACCAAGUAUGGCAAUAUCGUCAUUGCUGUGAGCCACACGGCACAUCAAAGUGAUGUGGAGGGAGCAGCAGAAGCAGCAGCCGCAUCAGCAGCAGGAGCAGGAGCAGGAGCAGUAGCAGCGGCAGCAGCAGCAGCAGGAGGAGGAGCAGCAGCAGCACCCCUAUCAACACCAGCCAUCCCUCCUUCCCCCGCAGUCCCCUGGGACGUGGUGCGGCUGUCCAUAUUCGGCAAUCGCUUCAUGGGCAUCGCGGAGCAGAUGGGGCGGACGCUGCAGCGCACCGCCAUCUCCACCAACAUCAAGGAGCGCCUCGACUUCUCCUGCGCCCUCUUCUCCCCGGAUGGGGGCCUAGUGGCCAACGCUCCCCACGUGCCUGUGCAUCUGGGGGCUAUGUCGGAUACAGUGCGGUGGCAGCUGGAGUAUUGGGGGAGAGGGGCGGGGGUGGCUGAGGGCGGGUUGCAGGAAGGGGAUGUGCUUGUAACGAAUCAUCCCUGUGCUGGGGGGAGUCACCUGCCGGAUAUCACUGUAGUCACGCCGGUGUUUCGCGAGGGUAGGAUUAUAUUUUUUGUCGCGAGCCGGGGGCAUCAUUCGGAGAUCGGGGGAAGUACCCCUGGGAGCAUGCCGCCGUUUUCGCGGAGUAUUUGGGAGGAAGGAGCUGCAAUUAGAACGAUGAAAUUGGUGAAGGGAGGGGUUUUCCAGGAAGAGGCGAUUCGAGCGGUGCUGCUGGAGGGGCAGGUGUUGGAAGGGGUGAUGGCAGGUGGAGCGGGUUUGAGUGGGGACGGACAGGGCGGUGGGAAAACAGUGCGGCGUGUGCCAGGCACACGCCGCAUCGAGGAUAACCUAUCAGAUCUACGCGCACAGGUGGCGGCGAAUCAGCGGGGAAUCGAGCUGAUAGGGGAGCUUGUGGAGGAGUGUGGGCUGGAAACGGUGCUGGCUUAUAUGGGGUACGUGCAGGUGAAUGCGGAGCAGGUGGUGCGACGCAUGCUCACCCGCACUGCCUUGAAACACCUGGAGAGCCAGAACCAGGCGUCUCAGGAGCAGCAGCAAGCAUCUCAUGAGCAGCAGCAGUCUUCCCAGGAGGCUUCGCAGGACCAGCAGGGAGCAGCUGACAAUGCCUUACCUACUAAGGUUGAUGCUGGGCGUGAUGCUGAUGCUGAUGCAGAUGGGAAGCAGGUAGUGGUGCUGCAGGGAGAGGACCGCAUGGACGACGGCUCCUUGAUCCGCCUGCGCAUCUCCAUCCACCCGGCCUCCGGCUCAGCCCACUUCGACUUCACAGGCACCAGCCCCGAGGUGUACGGCAACUGGAACGCUCCCACUGCCGUCACCACCGCUGCUAUCAUCUACUGUCUGCGCUGCCUGGUGGACUCGGAUAUUCCCCUCAACCAGGGGUGCUUGGCACCUGUAAGGAUCACUCUCCCGCUGCAUUCGCUGCUCUCGCCGAGCGAUGCUGCUGCUGUUGUGGGUGGCAACGUGCUGACGUCGCAGCGGGUGACGGAUAUUAUUCUCUCCACGUUUGCUGCGGCGGCGAACUCGCAGGGGUGUAUGAACAACCUCACGUUUGGCGACGGGACGUUUGGGUAUUAUGAGACGAUUGCGGGCGGGGUGGGGGCGGGGCCGACAUGGCAGGGAGAAGACGGGGUGCAGAGCCACAUGACCAACACCAGAAUCACCGAUCCUGAGGUGCUAGAGAGACGCUACCCGGUGCUUCUGAGGAGGUUCCGGCUGCGGCAGGGGAGUGGCGGGAGUGGGGAGAGGCGAGGCGGGCAUGGGGUGGAACGGGAGGUGGAGUUCCUGCGGCCUGCGACUGUUAGUAUGCUGUCCGAGAGACGGGUUUUGGCGCCGAAUGGGGGUGUGGGGGGCGGGUGUGGUGCGCGGGGGUUGAAUCUGCUGCGGAUCGCGCGGGACGGGAGGGUGGUGAAUUUGGGGGGGAAGGCGAGUGUGGGGGUGGAGAGGGGGGAUACGUUGCUGGUGUGUACACCAGGGGGAGGAGGGUGGGGGGUGGGUGGUUUAGGGGGGUAUGUGCCUAGUGCAGAGGCGAGCUGGCCUAAAUUCAGCUGUGAGGAGCAAGGAUGCUCGCUGGCCAGCACCGCACAGGGCCCACCGGUCCUCCUCCCCCCUGGGGAGCUCGCUGGCCAGCAACACACAGGACCCACCGGUCCUCCUCCCCCCUGGGGAGCUCGCUGGCCAGCACCGCACAGGACCCACCGGUCCUCCUCCCCCCUGGGGAGCUCGCUGGCCAGCACCGCACAAGACCCACCGGUCCUCCUCCCCACUGGGGAUCUCGCUGGCCAGCACCGCACAGGACCCACCGGUCCUCCUCCCCCGGUGGGUCCUCCUCCCCCCUGGGGAGCUCGCUGGCCAGCACCGCACAGGACCCACCGGUCCUCCUCCCCCCUGGGGAGCUCGCUGGCCAGCACCGCACAGGACCCACCGGUCCUCCUCCCCACUGGGGAUCUCGCUGGCCAGCACCGCAUAGGACCCACAGGUCCUCCUCCCCCCUGGGGAGCUCGCUGGCCAGCACCGCACAGGACCCACCGGUCCUCCUCCCCCCUGGGGAGCUCGCUGGCCAGCACCGCACAGGACCCACCGGUCCUUCUCCCCCCUGGGGAGCUCGCUGGCCAGCACCGCACAGGACCCACCGGUCCUCCUCCCCCCUGGGGAGCUCGCUGGCCAGCACCGCACAGGACCCACCGGUCCUCCUCCCCCCUGGGGAGCUCGCUGGCCAGCACCGCACAGGACCCACCGGUCCUCCUCCCCCCUGGGGAGCUCGCUGGCCAGCACCGCACGGGAGCGCAUGGGGUUGUGCCAAUUGUUUGCCGCAGUCUUUCUUCGCCGAUGGUCUCUCAUGGCGACCCAAAGCUAUGGUAG